AUGGCUUCUAUUAAAUUAUUACUAUUAUGGGGGGUCAUUUUAAAAAUGGCCGGUGCAGGAGACAUUAUAGAUACACUUUUUCCUGUUACUGAAUCGGACGUAAAAUUUUUCUUCUCCAAUCAAAACACUGAAAACAUAUUAGUGAACAUUUCGGAUCCUCAGGAUGUAGCGAAAACCGGUUUUUCCAAAGAAAAGGACUCCUUUUUUUGCGCCAACGCUCUCCUCGAAAGUCCUCUUAUUUCAGACUACUGCAAAGACAUUAGAAUACCGCUGUUGCUAAAUUACGACGUGAAUUACUUCCACAUCGACUGGAGACCCGUAUCUAACAACUUCUUCACGGCAUUUUCCAAAGUACCAGAAGUCAGCGAAAUAGUCAGCAGGAGCAUAUCCAACAUGGUCGAAACCAGCGGAUUAAAUCUAACCAAAAGUCAAAUCGUCGGAGGCUCCCUGGCCGCACAAUUGGCCGGAAAAACCGGACAAAACCUUGCCGGGAAAUUUUACCAAGUCAUCGGUCUCGAUCCCGCCCUUCCUGGUUUCGAAAAUACCGACUACAUUUCAAAGGAUUCGGGACAAUUCGUCCAAAUUAUUCACACGGGUGGCGGUAGUAACAGAAUUGGCCAAAUAAAACCGCUCGGACACGCCGAUUACUACGCGAAUGGGGGAAAGAAACAGCCCGGAUGCGAUUUGGAAUUAACCGGACUUUGCUCGCAUAUACGGGUCAUUCCGCUUUACAUAAAAACCUUAUUAAACAGUACCCAAUUCCUGGCGACUAGUUGCGAUUCAGAGGAAAAUUACAAUAAUGGAACCUGCAGAAAUAACAACAUGUCUUAUGUUGGAGGGUAUAUGGUCGAUAGAAAUGAAAAAAUAUUGGUGAACAUUUCGGAUCCGCAGGAUGUAGCGAAAACCGGCUUUUCCAAAGAAAAGGACUCGUUUUUCUGCGCCAACGCCUUCAUGGAGUUCCCGCAUUUGAUAGACUCUUGUGAAGACAUUAGAAAACCGCUGUUGCUUAAAUACGACGUGAAUUACUUCCACAUCGACUGGAGAUCCGUAUCCAACAACAUUUUCACAGCACUUUCCAAACUACCAAGAGUCAGCGAAGUACUCAGCAGGAGAAUAUCCAACAUGAUCGAAACCAGCGGAUUAGAUCUCAGCAGAAGUCAAAUCGUCGGAGCAUCCCUAGGCGCCCAAUUGAUCGGGAAAUUAGGAAGAAACCUCGACGGGAAAUUCUACCAAGUCAUCGGUCUCGAUCCCGCGGGUGUUGGAUUUAAAAAUAACCAUUACUUAUCCAAGGAUUCUGGUCAAUUUGUGCAAAUUAUCCACACGGGCGGCGGUAGAAACAGAUUGGGAAUACUAUUUAAUUUACUCUUCCCCAUCACCGAUUCGUCCAUAAAAUUCUACUUCUACAACCAGAACGACACCAACAGCACCACUCCAAUCGACAUUUCCGAUCCCGACGAAGUGUCCACAACCGGCUUCUCCAAUACGAAAGACACCUUCUUCUGCAUUCACGGCUUCAACGAGAAAUCCUUCGAUCCGCACAACUCCUGCCAGAAGAUCAAGAAGACGGUGCUCGCCUCGCACGACAUCAAUUUCAUCAUGAUCGACUGGAGCGGCCUCAACGGCAGCCUCCUCUACACCCACCUGGUGGACAACGCCUUGAAAAUCGCCCGAAUCAUCGCCGGGAAGAUCCUCGACAUGGUCGAUACCAGCGAAUUGAACCUGAACCGAAGCCAAAUCGUCGGCGCUUCGCUUGGCGGGCAACUGGCCGGAGCCGUUGGCACCGCUCUCGAUGGAAGCUUCUACCAAGUUAUCGGUCUCGAUCCCGCCGGUGUACUCUUCUUCAGCUUCGACAUGAAGUACCGCUUGUCGCAGGAAUCGGGGCAAUUCGUGCAAGUGAUCCACACGAACGGAGGGUACAUCGGGUAUUAUGAUCCUCUGGGGCACGCUGAUUAUUACGCGAACGGCGGUCAGAAACAGCCACGAUGCGGAUUCGAUCGGCUAGGAUUCGGCGGAUGCUCUCACACCAGAGCCGUGGAUAUUUACUUGGACACUUUGAUCAACGGGACGGAAUUCUUGGCGCUACGGUGCGAUUCCCAGCAGGAUUACGAUGCCGGUCGGUGCAAGGAUAAUGGUAAAUCGUACGUUGGAGGAUAUCUUGUCGAUAGGAACGCAAGUGGAAAAUACUUCUUUACUGAUAACAUGUCUUAG